AUGUAUGAAAAUAUAGCUGACUCAACCGUGUCAGGGUUUAUUUUGCUGGCCCUCAAAGGGAAAUGCCUGUUGCAUCUGUGCGGAGGACGAGUCCUGGGAGGCGGCUCCUUGGGCCGGGCAGACUGGACGACUAGCGCACCACACGCCGUGGAGUCUCAGGCUAGCGUGGAGCGUCAGGCUAGCCCCCCACACGCCGCGGAGUCUCAGGCUAGCGCACCACACGCCGCAGAGUCUCAGGCUAGCACACCACACGGCGUGGAGCGUCAGGCUAGCCCACCACACGCCGCGGAGCGUCAGGCUAGCGCACCACACGCCGCAGAGUCUCAGGCUAGCACACCACACGGCGUGGAGCGUCAGGCUAGCCCACCACACGCCGCGGAGCGUCAGGCUAGCACACCACACGGCGUGGAGCGUCAGGCUAGCGCACCACAGGCUAGCCCACCACACGCUGCGGAGUCUCAGGCUAGCGCACCACACGCCGCGGAGUCUCAGGCUAGCGCACCACACGCCGCGGAGCGUCAGGCUUCUCCCCCUCUCUUCAGCCCCACGCCACAUUCCAUACCUGCGUGCUUUUACAGACAGUUAACAGGAACUCCAACUCGCAUUACUUCCCAGGUCACCACAGCAGGAACUACAACUCGCAUUACUUCCCAGGUCAUCACAAGCAGGAACUCCAACUCGCAUUACUUCCCAGGUCAUCACAACAGGAACUCCAACUCGCAUUACUUCCCAGGUCAUGCCUGAACACAGUGACUCAGAAUGCUGUAUUAGCUGUGAACGUUUCAGUUUGAGUGCCAAGGGAAGAUGCAACACCCCCCCCACCCCCAACACCACAUCCCACCCCCUCCCGAACUUUGACUCUGUAGUACGGAUGGGAAAACUCGGCCUAGGAGCAGAAGGCGUUUGAACAGACUGCCUCUGCAACUGUAGCCAAGUUACGACCUGUUUCAACACUGAUCUUUGGCAUCGUUUUAUUAUCAUUUUUUUUUUUUUUAACUCCACCGAUUGUAAAAUUCUUCCGGUGCUCGUGUCUCAAGUUUGUCAGUAUUUGAUGUAUAAUUUUGUCAAAUCUUUUUUUUUCAAAAGUAUAUCAUACAUAAUAUACAGUUGUUUUUUGUUUUUUGAUUUUUAUAUAUUUGAUUUUCCUGGUUAAGUAUCUGAUUUUCCAAGUAUGAUGAUGGCGUAUGUAGUUCUAAAUCCCUUAACCUCUGUAGUUCAGGAAGGUCCAAUCAAGGGUGGGCGUGCUAACGAAGAGAAGAGACAUCUGUCCCUAAUUCAACAGGGCCUCGGUAUCAGGUUAAGAUGGGCGGUUGCAACUUCUUUUGUGCUUCCUGUGCGUGUGUGGCUUGUUCCCUUUAUGACGAAUCAGAACACUCACAUGACGUAAGAGCAUCAUGUCAAUCACAGUGCUGUUGCCAUGGCAUCCCCAAAUAGCCCCGACUAGCAUCUCAGACUUCAACCUGGCCUGAUCAGCAUCUCAACAUGUUGUUGAUGGGUUUUGAACAGUUUUUUCAUCCCUGCAACCUUCCUCUUAUGCCCCUCCCCCCACCCCUUAUUUGGCAUGUGCCAUUUUAGUCAUUUCUCAUACUGAUGAAUGAUGAAUGUAGUAAUUGUUUCAGUUGCAUUCUCAUUAGAUUAUGCAGAUUUCCAGUGGGUUGCAAAUAUAGCUCUCUAUAUACAGUACACAAAGCAUUGAAUAAUGUUUUCUUUCUUGAGUUUUCAAUGUAUGUGUUAUUGUUGCCUUAAGUUUCAAUGGUAAACAUUAAACGUUCUCCAACUGAACAGAAUUUUGUAACACUGUCAAAAUGGCGAUCUCCAUAGCAGCGAUCAUCAAAGGGGUGAACGCUGCCUGCCAGAAUAAUGUUUCUGUGACAUUGGGACAUUUUGAGACCAUUGAAGCUAUCCUGGAUUUGUGUAUUCUGAGUAACACAAUCUAGUCUUCCUUGCAAUUACAGGAUGAUUUUUACGUAUGUUGUGUUAACCUGAUUACCACUACUUCAUUUGUCUUUGACCUCAUGUCCAAUUAAGAUGAUUAAUCAAAAAAAAAAAAGAUGACAGACAACAAAUUACUGUGAUCUAUACACAUAUAUAUAUAUCCCACACUUUUCUACCCAUGUACCUUUGGAAGCCGUGUCUUCUGGAAUAAUAAAGUUGAGUUUUCCUUGAGUGAUGUCAGUAGAGUUGAAAGACUGAGAUCUAAAUAUAUGCUAUAAAUCUAAAUGUAUAUUCACCACAUAUUAAUUUGUUUUUAGUCCUGGUUCGAGAUAUAUUUAGUUUAUUUUAUAUGAGGAGAAACAAAAAACUUUUUGUGUAUUGCAUGCCAAUUUACAGUAUCUUUCUUAAACUUUUUGAGCUGUUUAUAUUAUGUAAAUGUCCGUCUUAAUCUUAAGAUUCAUAGUUAUCGUAGAUGUAAGAUGGACAUUUAAGGAGGGGUUGCAGGCGGACUUACAGAGCUAAUGCUAAUGUUUGAUGUAAAAGCUAACCUGGAAUUCUGACUCCCUGAGCCCUCUUGUUUUUCGUAAAUAAACCAAGAAAAAAUA